AUGACCGAUGGAUCGUUUUCUAUGGAAUCAGAACGGAGUGCUUCCCACAUGCGUGCUGAUAAACGCCCGGGGGUGCUUGACCCGCUCAAAAUGAGAUCCACAAAACAUCGCACGAGUUACUCUUCUGCAUCCUCAUCCUCAUCGACGACCUCCUCUGUCGAGCAUCACCUUCACGAAUCAGCGGAAACAGACGCGGGUGGAGAGUGUGACUUUGGUGAAUCAAUGUUACCGUCAUGCAUAUCUCCUGCGCUGUAUCCAGCUGAGCACUACACAUCGCUAACCACAUUAAAUCGCUCUCUUACCCAAUCCGUUCUCCGAUUUGACCAACUCACAACAUCAUACAUCAACCUUCGAAACCAGUUGCGGAACAUCCUGGACAGUGUCGAAGAGCAGGAACGACAAUAUGAAGCUUAUAUUGAAGAAAUAGGGCAGCUGCGCUUUGAACGCAAGUUUUUGAGGGAAGUGGUUGAGCUGUCUUCGUUCAGGGAGCGUAAGCAGUCGAAUGCAUCGGACAAAAGUAUAAACAGCACCGGGGCAAACAAGCGAUGGAGCUCACCCAUGAACACAGAUAAUGGUGAUGGCUGGGGAAAAAACGCACGACGAUGGACGGUGGGAGGCGCACAUUCAUUAGGAGCAUGUGGUGCUUUCCACAGUUUGCCAACUAGCCCGCGUCUCUCAAUAACAAGUUCAACCUUCCUCCCGCACGUUGACGACGAGAAUCGCGUAACGGUAGAUGACCUAGCGUCGCGGAAAAUUCAACGGGAAGCCUUUGCUGCCAUGCUUCAAACUAUACGUGAAACGUUUCUGGUGGGCGCGGGAUUCGCUUCGACCAUUGGGCCAUUUCAAGGCUUGGAAGUGGACUCUGAUGAGACGGAUCGCUCCAGCUGUCGUUCCCCUUGCUCUUCCCCCGGCACCCCCGUCACUCUCCUCAACCCUAGUGUUCCGUCGUCACCAAGCCACAUCCGCCCCACCCCACUCCCUUCGUACCCUUCCAACGAAAAACAUGUAGAAACCAUACACGCACGAAUAUCUCAUCUCACAAACCUUAUUGGACAGCUCGCACCUUCUGUUGAAGCCCUUCGCGAAAGUCUUGAGGACGUCAUUGCAGGCCCCGCAUUGGCGUAUCGUGCGUGGGUCCGUGAAGCAGAGAUUGAACGGGAAAUGCUUCGAGUCGAAUGUGAGGGUUUGCGAGAAGCUCGAGAGGGCUCUAAAAAAGUUGUGGAUAUGAGAGGAGUGAGUGAAGCAUCAGUUGGCCUGAUUUCGUCUGCGCUAGAGUCCUUGUGGGUUGAGCAAGGUGAUGAUGAUCACGAAGAAUGGGAAUCAGAAUCGGUGUACUGGUCGUGUGAUGAGGGUGACGAUGAACGGUAA